GAAGGAAAAAUAACAAACUUUGACAAACGAUGUGGUCAAUACGUAAGAUGCGAAGAUGCAUCGUACCUUUCAGAACAGGAGAUAAAAUAGUGGCAAGUUUUAUGUUGAGCAUGAUACCGGUUUACUACUAUUUCAUAUUCUUUUUGGUUUUACCUGACAUCUAUUUACUUGGGUCAACUUCAUACUGGUUGAAUUUGGUUGCCGGUCACUUUAUCGCCUUCAAUAUUAUCGGAAACUACAUAUGCAUGAUAAUCUGCGAUACGAGCACAAGAGCGUAUCUUGGGGAUCAGGAUCAGACUGAAAAGGUAGAAAUUUUAAUGGAAGAUUCAUCGCAAUCAUGCAAACUUUGCGGCGCAGAUUAUAACCAACCUUCCCACAGUUGGCACUGUGUAUCCUGCAAUACUUGCAUAUUGAAACGUGAUCAUCAUUGCAUGUUCAUUGGUUACUGCAUUGGAGAAUACAACCGUCGUUUCUUUGUGAUAUUUUUAUUAUACAUGUUCUUAGGAACGACAUAUUAUUUUUAUUGCACAACAAUAUUCAUGAAGAGACGAAUGGAAUUGUUCAUACCUGAGCUUGUGGCCCAGCUAUUCUGCCCCCCAUUGAUUCUCUUCCUCCACCCUGACUCUGCAGUUAAUACAGUCUACCUAGUUUUGUACAUCGUAAUGAUCGUUGGUUCGAUAAUGGUCUCAUUACUCAGCAUUUUCAACAUAUAUUUGAUCACCAGAGGUCUUAUUGGCAUCGAAGCAAAAAUCGGAAGACGUGAUAGACUACAAGGAAAUUCUUCAAUCGAUAAUGUUAAAGAAGUAUUGGGACAGCGGUGGUAUCUUACUUGGAUAUGUCCAUUGAUAACAUCCGAUCUUCCGCCUCAGAAAACUUCAUCGACAAGGCUGUCAUAGUUAUAGUUCAGUUUCAUAUAUUUUUUGUACUGCUAUUCAGCAGUAAUCCGUCGCCCGAAAUCAAAUAGUGAGCUCCUUUGCAGAAACGAUUACAUAUAAUC